AUGGGUGGAAAGAAAGGCGGAGCCGGCGAGAACUCCAAGAAGGCGGCUGGCCAAGCUCGUAAAGCCGAAGCCGCCGCCUCCAAGAAAGCCGCCGAGGACGCCAAGCGCGCCGCCGAAGAAGACAAGCAAUGGCAGAAGGGUGCGAAGGGUAGUUCUAAGAAGGACGACGCGGAAGCCAAAAAAGCCGACGCCGCACGCAAGAAAGCCGAACGCGACGCCCUCCUCGCCGCGGAGGAGGCCUCGCAGCCCUCCAAACCCAAAGGCAGCGGAGCGAAGCAAGCAACCAAGAAAUCCGUGAGCCGGGGGUUGGAUCUGUCGCAGCUGGACGAUACAGCGGGCGGCAGCAGCAAAUCCUCCGCGUUGAAUGCGUCGGGUAUCGAUAACGCGCUGGACGCGCUCUCGCUGACGGGGAAGGACUCCAGCAAAGUGGACCGGCACCCCGAGCGACGGUACAAGGCGGCGUAUGCGGCGUAUGAGGCGCGGCGGCUGCCGGAGAUUGAGGCGGAGAAUCCCGGGUUGCGGCGGCAGCAGCGCGUGGAGCUGUGUCGGAAGGAGUUUGAGAAGAGUGAAGAGAAUCCGUUUAACCAGGUGCAUGUGGCGUUUGAUGCUAGUCGCGAGGAGAUUGCGGCGGUGAGGGAGGCGGAGAGGAAGAAGGUGGAGGCUCGGUUGGCCAAAUAGAGUGGAUGGCGUUCGCUGAAAGUCAGAUUCACAAAAGGAAAAAUGUCGCCAUCAUGUACUACUAUCAUGAGUGGUAGGUAUAUAUACCCGGGGGGAGGGUUUCUCUCCUUUGGAAGAGAAGGGAAGCAAACUAGUUGGAGCAGCGCGCCGGGCGAUUGAAUGGGCCGGCUAUGUAUGCCUCGGUGAAUGAGGCGAGGUCUGGAAUAGUACUCCGUAUAGAUAGAAGAAAAUGACGGCAAAUGAGUUUAACGAAG